UCUGCAGUGUAAAGAAGCUAUGAGAAAAUACACUGCUACUGGCUGCGGAAUCAUUUGCUUUGCUUCUUACUACCUUUGGACUGAACAAAUGCAAAUAUUUUUGUAACCGACUGCAAAAUAAGUUACCAAAUAUAAACAAAAACAAAAUAUUUGAUUAUUCCGUAAAGGAUGGGAAGCUUCCAGACGGAUGACUUUAUAGCUGGCUAUAUUGGAGGAGCUGCUAGUGUUAUUGUAGGACAUCCUCUGGAUACAGUAAAGACUCGACUACAAGUUGGUCAAAGUUAUGGGAAUACAUUAAACUGCAUUCUUAAAAUUUACAGGAAUGAAAAUGUGUCUGGUUUCUUUAAAGGAAUGUCAUUUCCUCUGGCCAGCAUUGCUAUAUAUAACUCUGUAGUAUUUGGGGUCUUCAGCAAUACUGAAAGACUAAUGCGUCAGCACUGGAAUAGAGGUUCUAGUCAGUCUCCUGACCUUGCGUGCCUGACUGUUGCAAGCAUGGUUGCAGGCUUUGUAUCUGUAGGAAUUGGAGGCCCAGUUGAUUUAGUAAAAAUAAGAUUACAGAUGCAGACCCAGCCUUUCAUUUCAGGAAACUUGACCACAAAUCAAAGAUCAUCAAUGAUUAAUUGUCAAAAAAACUACAAAGGUCCAAUACAUUGUGUUUAUUGGGUUCUUAGACAUGAAGGUUUCUUAGGAGUAUACCGUGGUGCUGGUGCAAUGCUUUUAAGAGAUAUCCCAGGUUAUUGUCUCUACUUUAUUCCAUACACAGUUAUAUGUAAAUGGUUAACAACAGAUGGCCAUACUACACCAAGUCCAGCAAAUGUUUGGAUAGCAGGUGGUAUUGCAGGGGCCAUUUCCUGGGGAACUGCUACCCCAAUGGAUGUAGUUAAAAGUCGGAUUCAGGCAGAUGGUGUGCAUUCCAAUAAAUAUAAAGGUGUGGCAGAUUGUAUCUCUCAAAGUUACCACAAUGAAGGUCUGAAAGUCUUUUUCAGGGGGGUAACAGUAAAUGCAGUAAGAGGAUUUCCAAUGAGUGCUGCUAUGUUUCUGACAUAUGAACUUUCACUGAAAGCAAUAAGAGCAACUAAAGUGAAAUCUGACCACUAAAAUGCAGGUUCUCAGAGAAUGAUACAGAAAUUAGCUGAGAUCCAUUGAAUGAGCUGAAGAGACAAUCACUUUUUAAUACACAAAAAGCAUACUCAGCAUAUUUGAAGGACCGGACUGUCAUAUCUGAUGGAACUUUGUGACAGCAAGCAGCAUUCAGGGGUCUGUUAUCAUACAUUUUUCAAAAAUAUAAAGGACUAAUAAGUGAGGGCAAGCCACAAAUGAACCCACCUUUUCCAAUAAUUCAAAAAAUAAAUGAUGAUAUGCACCAAUGAUUGUUUACAUAUAAACUAAAUGGAACAUAUACUGUACAUAUAUUUGUAACUAUAUAUUUACAAAUUAUAUAAUUAAAUAUAUUAUUAUUUGUAAAAUAAUAAAAAUAUGAUCUGUUUUUUUUAAUAAAA